AUGUCUCUGAAUGUUCAAACAGGCAUGUCGUCAGUUUGUAAGAACAUCAUUGCUGAGCUUAAUCGAGGAGGCAAACUGGAUGGUGAUAAUUACGAUAUUUGGUAUCGUAAAGUCCAGUAUGUACUCGAAGAGCAAGAGGUGAAAGAGACUCUUUUCCAUCUCAUGGAAGAGCCUGAGCAGGGUACUACAGCUCAUCACAGGAGAGAUGAAGAGGCAUAUGUUGCAUGGAAAAGAAAGAAUAGCAUCGCUCGCAUCACGUUGCUGAGUUGCAUUCAAGAUGAUCUCAUGUUUGAGUUUGAGGAGUAUGAAACUGCAAACGGCAUGUGGGAAGCCUUGAAAGAGAAGUUUGGUACCACAUCGGCUACCAAACUUAGGAGAUUUAAUCAAAGGUUUAAUGACUACAAGAAGCACCCAAACCAAUCCAUGAGAGAACUCAAGAAUGCUGGGCAGACGAUCUUUGAUGAACAGCAAGUGCAAGCUGUUCUCCGCUCAUUACCUGAAAGUUGGGACAAUAUGAAAGUUCAGAUGACACACAAUGUUAAUGUGAAAACAUUUGAGGAUAUAUCACGUCAACUUGAGUUAGAGGAUGAGCGCCUAGAGGCGGCUAUACCCUUUAGUGAGGCCAACAUUGCGGGUUCGAGCUCAGGCUUGAAACGCAAGAAAGGUAAUAAGGGAAAUGAGGCUCCCAAUCAACCUUAUCCUAAGAGACAAGAAGUUUGCCAAGCGUAG